UUCUUCGUCUGGUCCUUGGAGGUGCCCAAACCAGAACAGACCAAUCCAUCCAUCCAUGGUCAUAAUAUUGGUAUGGGGGAAGAGAACCAGCUGAACGGUCAGUACUGUACUAUCCUAUCCAUGCCUACCACCACCUACCUGCCUACCUAGGUAUCUAUUUUAUUUUGUUUUCGAUCUAAUUAUGCCGUGAUCUAGUCGGCCUAGAACUAGCCUGCUACCUGUGUCCUACUUUCGUAAACUAGCCUAUCCCUUCCAAACCAAGCUGGCUGCCGGUGGCCCCUCAUCCUUGAACUCUACUUCAUACGAGAUUGAUUGAUGUGGUUUUCUGUGAUUUAAUAUCCGACACUACGCCCGCCCGUUUUGUUUCUCCAGCACAAACAAACUCUCCACCCACCCACGAAACGAACAAGCGCGCGCGGCGGCCUCCCAGAGGACGGACUUUCUCACCGAGUCAACGGACCAACCCUUUCUCCUUUCCAACCCCCAACAAACAAAAACGAAUCUGCACCACAUCAGGAAAUCUUUCGACAAUCCUCAUUGUCAGAAUCAUUUGCUCGUACAGCAAAGCAAUUCGCACCUCGAUCUACACCACCAUCAGCAAAUCGUUUCGCCAUACCUGCACGACUAAACCGAGCGAAGAACCAACCAAGCCCCUGACUGCUUUCACGCAAAACGUUUGUCGCCUUACAGAAAUCGACUUUCUCGCCCAGGGCGAUCGACAAAACAAUACAGAAAUCGAAGGGGGAAAAAGGGGAUCCCCGGAACACGCAUAAGAAACAUUAAAUAAACACGCGCACCCUGUGAGCGUGCGGCUAAGCAAGCAUGGCAGCCGCAAAUAAUUCGAACGUCAUUCGCAGCAUUAUUCUACCGAGCAAACAGAUUCCGACCGUCUUCGAAAACUACGUGACAGACUGCAGGGUGGAUGGCAAGUCUGUGCAGCUAGCAUUAUGGGAUACGGCAGGCCAGGAGGACUACGAGCGAUUACGGCCCUUGGCAUACUCAAAAGCGCACGUCAUCCUAAUAGGGUUUUCUGUCGACACGCCAGAUUCAUUGGACAAUGUGAAGCACAAGUGGAUCGAAGAAGCUACCGAAAAGUGCCCCGGGGUACCCAUCAUCCUCGUCGGCCUCAAGAAGGACUUGCGGGAAGACCCCGUAGCCAUCGAGGAGAUGCGCAAGAAGAGCAUGCGCUUUGUCACUGAGCACGAUGGUGAGACUGCGGCUAAGGAAGUUGGUGCCCGCAAAUAUUUAGAGUGUUCGAGCCUGUCUGGCGAAGGAGUCGACGACGUCUUCGAGGCAGCCACGCGCGCAGCCCUCUUGACAUUUGAGAAGGAAAAAUCUCAAAAGAACGCCUCGCGGUCAGGUCCUGAAGGGGGCAUAAUGGCCAAAUCCGGAUCUAGGAGCCCACAAAGAACGCACUCGUUCACAGCAAUCACCCAUUUUAUCAUCGCCGAGUUUUCUGUAACUCUUAAAGCUCUGUUCUUCUACGACAUCUGACGACGAAACAAACAUGCGCGAAAAAAAAAAUCAUCGGUAUUCAAAACCCGCAGAUCCUUUGAUCAUGUUCAUCUCCAACUGCACUGCGCUUUUUUCUCACUGCUGGCCAAGAGGGGGAUACGCCUUGUUUUUCUUGUUUAAUUUUUCGAAUGUAUAAUAGGGGAGCGAUAGACAGACCUUGAUGCUCCUUUUUGUUGCUGGAAUGACGUUAUUUAGUCAGGCACGUCAAGUAGUAAGAGACGGAAAAAGUGACCGGAUGCAGCAAAUAUAAAUAAAUACAGUUGGCCGCUUGUGACAUUUAAA